AUGAUCAGAUUCAGAAAUGUCCCGCUGUGUCCUGAUCUCUCCGCUGUGGACGCAAUAGUGAAAAGUCCCGGAUCCAGUGGAUUUGACUAUGAUGGACAGCCAGGCGUUCUGUCCGGAGUCCGCGUCCACCGCGAUCACUUUGGACGCAGAGGCCUCCGUGUGCAGCUUGGGGACCAGCUCGGUCAUGAAGGAGUUGCCCUCCGGGGGCAGGGUACAGUAUCUGAGGAGAGUUUGUCGUUCAUCCGAUAUGAAGACGCUGACGGUCACACGUUGCUAAUCUCUGUCCUGCACACGUUAAUGAUGCCCACCUCUGCACCAGGUGACACGUUCUCCAGUGUCAGUGAUAAAGACUCUGGUGACAAUGGAGUGGUUGAUCUUCGUAUUCCAGAUAAUAUGCCUUUCAAACUGAGAGAAUCCUCUGAUAACUAUUAUGAAUUAGUGGUGUCAGAGCCGUUAGACCGUGAGAAGGUUCCUGAAUAUGACGUCACUUUCACCGUCACAGACAGAGGUUCUCCUCCUUUAUCUGACAACGAAACUAUGACAUUAGAGCUGCUGGAUAUUAAUGACAAUGUUCCACAGUUCCCUCAGUCGUUUUACACGAUACGUGUGAUGGAGAAUAACGCACCUGGGGCCUUGCUCAGUUCACUCACUGCCUUUGACCCUGACCUCCAUGAAAACCAGUAUCUGGUUUAUUUCAUUCUAGAGAAGGAGAUAGCCAACACCUCCAUGUCCAUGCUGUUCUCCAUCAACCCAGAGAACGGUAAUCUUUACGCACUGAAAACUUUUGACUAUGAGAUCGAGAAGGAGUUUCUUUUCCACAUCGAGGCCAGAGACUCUGGUUCUCCUCCACUCAGCAGUAACGUCACCGUCCAUAUUGUUAUUGUGGACCAGAAUGACAACGUUCCGGUUAUCGUGUCUCCGUGGCGCGCGCACGGCUCGGUGGUGGAGGAGAAGAUCCCCAGAUCCACAGAUAAAGGCUCUCUGGUUUCCAAGGUGAUCGCUUUAGACACAGACUCGGUGCACAACUCUCGGAUUACCUACCAGUUUCUACAGGUGACUGACGCCACCUUGUUCAGUCUGGAUCAAUACAACGGAGAGAUCCGGACUAUGAGGAUGUUCAGUUACAGAGAUCCGCGCCACCAGAGACUGGUUGUUGUUGCCAAGGACAACGGGGAGCCCGCUCUCUCUGCUACAGUCACCAUCAAGCUGUCCACAGUGGAGACUGUCGUUAAGGCCUACUCUGACAUGACUGAGGUGCCUCUAGAGUACGACAUCUUCUCAGACCUAAACCUGUAUUUGGUGAUCGGUCUGGGCUCCGUGUCGUUUCUCCUGCUCAUCACCAUAUUGGUCACCAUCGUGCUCAAGUGUCAGAAACCCAAGCCCAGCAAUGCGGCUCCUCCCUGCAGGAACAGUGUGAUCAGUGAGAGGAACUCCACCAUCGCAGAUUCCACUCUGGUCUCCAACGAUGCCUACUGGUACAGUCUGUUUCUGGCAGAGACCCGGAAAGGAAAGAUGGUGGUCAGACAGCCUGUGCCAAAGGGCUCCAGAUACAUCGUGUCCAGUAUACCGAGAGGCACAGGACUCACAGACACUAGCGACUCAGCAGCAUCUACUUUGCAGGUAGGAAAUCAAAUUACACUUAAAAAAUGCGCACAUCAUUUAUUAAUAUUGAGACAUAUGUUGCUAUAUACUCUGAACAUUUUGUAG